ACCAGGACUGGAGGACUUGACCAGUGACUGGAAGGCGCCAUGGCUUCCUACACGCUUUUGGACAGCUCUCUGGCUGUGAUCCGCCUGCGGAACCCGCCCCUCAAUACCCUUAGGAAGCCUGUGAUCGCAGGCCUGAUGGACAGCCUGAGGAAAGCUGAGACCGACCCGGCUGUGAAAGCCAUCAUCAUCUGUGGAGCGGAUGGAAAGUUCUCUGCAGGUGCUGAUAUUCGAGGCUUUAGCCAACCAGUUAUGUCAACCGGUUCAUUACUCUCAGUAGUUGAAAGCCUGAUGGAAAUGGAGAAGCCUUUGGUGGCUGCCAUCCAGGGCCUGGCUCUGGGAGGAGGCCUGGAAUUGGCUCUGGGCUGUCACUACAGGAUUGCUGAUGCCAAGGCUCAAGUUGGUUUCCCAGAGGUCACCAUUGGACUUCUCCCUGGUGCCAGAGGGACCCAGCUUCUUCCCAGGCUCAUUGGGAUACCUGCUGCCCUUGACCUGAUCACCUCAGGGAGACAUAUUUCAGCUCCUGAAGCACUCAAACUGGGAUUACUGGACAAAAUUGUGAACUCAGAUCCCGUUGAGGAAGCCGUCAAGUUCGCCAAAAAAGUUUCAGGUCAGCCCAUAAGCUCUCGGAGACUCAAGACAAGGCAGGUUCAGAAGCUGCCAAAUAUGGACGCAAUUUUCCAGGAAGCCCUGCUCAAGAUGAGGAAACAGUACCCAGGGUGUAUUUCUCGGGAGGCCUGUGUCCAAGCUGUCCAGGCUGCUGUCCAAUACCCCUAUGCAGAAGGGAAAGAGAAAGAGAAAGAGUUGUUCCUGUACCUUCUGAGUUCAGGACAAGCUAGAGCCCUGCAGUAUGCCUUCUUUGCUGAGAAAUCUGUGAGGAAGUGGUCAGUUCCCUCUGGAGUGUCAUGGAAGACCUCCUCAGCACAGCCUAUCUCCUCUGCAGCAGUAGUGGGUUUGGGAACAAUGGGAAGAAGCAUCGUCAUCUGUCUGAUCAGGGCCAACAUUCCAGUUAUUGCCAUGGAACAGGACGAGAAGCAGCUGGAUUGGGCCAAAAAGGUGAUUGUUUCCCUCUUAGAACAAGAAGCCUCCAAACAGAAACAGAGUGGCCAAGAGUGGAAAUGGCCGAGACUCCAGUUCACCACCUCCCUAGAUGAGGUAGCAGAUGUGGAUUUGGUGAUUGAGGCUGUUUUUGAGGAAAUUGCGCUGAAGAAACAGGUCUUCAGCAAAUUGUCAGCCAUAUGUAAGCCUUCAGCUUUUCUGUGCAGCAAUACCUCUGCUCUGGAUAUCGAUGAGAUUGCUUUGUCCACACGCCAUCCUCAACAGGUCAUUGGCACCCAUUUCUUCGCCCCAGCUCAUGUUAUGAAAUUAUUGGAGGUCAUCCCUAGUUGUUAUUCAUCCCCCACUACCAUUGCCACCGUCAUGAGCUUGGCAAAAACCAUUAAAAAGGUUGGCGUUGUGGUUGGAAAUUGCUUUGGAUUUGUUGGCAAUCGAAUGCUGCUUGCUUUCUACGAUCAGACUAAUUUCUUAAUAGAAGAUGGUAGCCAGCCAGAGGAAGUUGAUCAAGUUCUAGAAGAGUUUGGUUACAGAAUGGGUCCUUUUCGAGUAGCAGAUCUGUCUGGGUUGGAUGUGGGUUGGAGAUCACGGAAGAGUCGAGGCCUCACAGGACCUACCUUAGCCCCAGGGACACCCACGCGCCAACGUGGCAGCAAACGGUAUUGUCCAAUUCCUGAUAUUCUGUGUGAACAUGGAAGACUUGGCCAGAAGACUGGCAAAGGCUGGUAUCAAUAUGACAAACCAAUGGGCAGGAUUCACAAACCGGAUCCCUGGCUUUCUAAAUUCCUAUCUGAAUACAGGCAGAACCAUCGUAUUGAGCCACGGGUCAUAACACCAGAUGAGAUCCUGGAGCGCACAGUGUAUUCCCUCAUCAAUGAAGGCUUUCGUAUCUUAGAAGAAGGCAUGGCUGCUGGCCCUGAACACAUUGAUGUAAUCUACAAUAAUGGUUAUGGAUGGCCGAAGCACAGGGGUGGACCCAUGUUCUAUGCCUCCACGGUGGGACUACCCACAGUGGUUGAGAAAUUACAGAAAUAUUACCAGAAGAAUCUGGACAUCCCCAAGUUGGAACCCUGCAAUCUUCUGAAGAAAUUGGCCUCCCAGGGGAACCCUCCUCUUCAGGAAUGGCAGAGCUUGGGGGGAUUUCAAAUCAGCAAACUGUGACUUCACUCACAGAGGAUCCCCAGGUGAGGCCUUCCACAUACCACCCUCAGGCAAACAAUGUUGAAACAAAUCAAAAUUCAAAGGCUAAGAUCUAUGGGGAAAAUCAUGGGCAUGGUGACCCCUUCUGUGGGGCUGCUCCUGUAUGGUGAUUCUAAUGGUUCAAUACCAUAAAGAACUUAUGGAUCAGAUCUUCUGGAGGCUCAUGGCCACAAAACUUCUUCCCAGGCAUCUGAAUUGUCUCUUUUGACUUGAUUCUAUCCUGUGAAAACAGUCCGCCUUGGUAAUGUUUCAAUGGCAUUUGAAUAAGAAGUGGUUGGAGGAGCAUGAUGGGUAUAAGACAGGCCCAGAGUCACUGGAUUCAACCAUCUCCACCAGCUAUCACCCGAUGCUUCUUCUCUCCUUGGCUAAAUGCCUUGAGAAAGCUAUACUCAGUGACUCUAGUUCUUCCCUCAUUCUCUUCUAUGCCCUCUAAAAUCAUAUUUCAGACAUCAUUAUUCAUCUGAAACAACUUUCUCUCGAUUUACCAGGGAUUUCUUCAUUGUCAGAUCUGGUGGCCUUUGUUCAAUCAUUCUUUUUUGACCUCUCUUUAGCAUUUGACAUUAUUGAUCAUGUCCUCCUGAGUAGUCUCAUUUCUCUGGAAUUUAGUAAUACUGUUCUGUUCAGUUUUCCUCCUAUUUGUAUGACUCCUCCUCAGUCUACUUUGCUGCAUCCAUGUUGUGCUCAUUGAUCAUGGAUGUCCCUUUAAGUUUUAUCCUUGGACCUCUUCUCUUCUCCCUCUAUGGUCUCUCUCAUUUGGUUCCCAUGGGUUCAGUAAUCUUCUCUUUGAAGAUGACUCCCAGAUCUAAGUAAGCAACUUCAGUCUCAUGAGCUCCAGUCCAGAAUCAUCAACUGGCUGAUAAGCAUUUCAAAUGAGAUGUUCCAUUGGCAUCUCAAAUUCAAUGUGUCCAAUAUAGAACUCUUGCUUUUCCUCUCAAAUGCACCCCUCUUUUGAACUUCUUCAUUAUCAUCAAAGACAGGUAAGCCAUCCUAGCUAAAGUAACAAGGAACCCUGAGGGAGAGACAGGUGAUAGCAUGUGCCAAGCAGCUCAAACCACCAGCACUACCUUGACCCCCUCCUCUUUUCAGACCCUGAUGGAGAUAGUCCAAGACCCUUAAUUGAAAAGCUUUGGAAAAAGCAGUGCCUCCCACAUUACUGGACCUAUUCCAGUCCUGCCCUUCCAGUCACCUUUGGAGAAGUGUGUGCCUUUUUUACCAAUACCAGUUGCCACUUAUGCCAGGCAAACCCAAGAGUCCUGGCCAAGGUAGCACCUUCCAGAUCAAGUGUACUGCUUCUAAUCCAGCCUCUACAGUGAUCAUCUUAAGAACCAUCCCCUGUGGGGAUGCUAUCUGGCAACCAUAUUCAUCAUGUUAUUAUCAUAGCUUCUGAAGAUGCAGAACAGAAAGUCUUCACUAUCAAGAUCCAAAUGCCACUCAAAGAAUUGGAAAUUGAGGGGAUGCCCUACUAUUGGGGAAUGGCUGAACAAAUUGUAGUACAUGAUUGUGAUGGGA